UGCUCUACUGCCUGUCUGUUCGAGGCGGCAACCGACAGCCGAGGACUUGUAGACCAGAGAUCCCAGGCAGUUUGUGAUAUUGAAACGUUUGUGGUCACAUUUAGUUUAAAUGGCGAAAACGUACGAUUACCUAUUUAAACUGUUGCUUAUAGGAGACAGCGGAGUCGGCAAGACAUGUCUGCUAUUCAGAUUCAGCGAGGACUCCUUCAAUACCACCUUCAUAUCCACAAUAGGGAUAGACUUCAAGAUCAGAACAAUAGAGCUGGACGGAAAGAGAGUCAAACUCCAGAUUUGGGACACUGCAGGGCAGGAGAGGUUUCGCACCAUCACCACAGCUUACUACAGAGGAGCCAUGGGCAUUAUGUUGGUCUAUGACAUCUGCAACGAGAAAUCCUUUGACAACAUCAAAAACUGGAUUAGAAAUAUUGAAGAGCAUGCCUCGUCAGAUGUGGAGAAGAUGAUCCUUGGUAACAAAUGUGACAUGACUGACAGAAGACAGGUGUCUAAAGACAGAGGUGAAAAGCUGGCUAUUGAUUAUGGAGUUAAGUUCUUGGAGACAAGUGCAAAGUCUAGUUUAAAUGUAGAAGAGGCUUUUUAUACUAUGGGAAGAGGCAUAUUACACAAUCUGAGCUCGAAGACUACUGACAACAAUGGAGGAUCAGGGAACCCAGUCAAGAUCACUGAUAAGAAGUCAAAGAGAAUCAAAUUCUUCAAGUGUUCGCUCCUUUAGGCUGCUGGGUUCCAGAGUUCAUGUUUCCAGCAUUGCACUGCUGUUUUGGAGGGUUCCUGCCUCUCGGGCUUUCUCACAAGUAGCAGCACUGCUCAUUACUGCCAGCUAAGGUCACUGGUUCAUGGGUGCUUGAGACACUGCCCUGAUCUGCUAACCAGAAGAAGAUCAAUGAGGAAUGAGGCCUAAUACUUUAUAUAUGCUCAUGCAAAAGACUUGUGUGCAAUCAUCAGCAGUGGUUUGUAGCUUGCCUUGCAGUGCCUUCUUACGGUGGGGAAUAAUUCUGCUGGCAUUUGGAAGACAUCUGUUGGAUAUCAUGAAAAUAUCUUAGACGCACAUUAUUGUCUUAUAAGGGUGAAGAAAAAAAAAGAGAGAGGUUCUUUCAUAUAUUGUAGCAUAAUUUUAUACACAACUCCUGUUGUCAUAUUUCCUAUGAUGAUGGUGUGAGAUAGGCAUAAUACGUCUUAGCAUUGAUUGUAAUUGUGUGAAUUAACGUAUAUUAUUAAGCUUUUGGCCUUCAGUUGCACUGGUAUCCUUUCUGCCUCAGACGUGCUGCAUUGAUGUGACAGAAAAGACAAAAAUAUGCAUGAUAGCUAACUUUAGCAUUUUUUAAAUGUAUUUAAUCAUUUCUCACAUUGAACCUAUACAGGUUUUUAUUUAAAAUGAAACUGGAAGGAGUGUUUAUUUCUUGGAAGAUGAAUGCAGAUUUAAUACAGUUGUCAGUAUUUGCAUGAGAGCUAUUGAAAUACCCCCUGAUGGGUUAUUGCUAAGCACAAGGUAUCAGAA